GAAACGUAACUUCCGGUAGAGGUUCUUUCCCUCUUGACACGUAGCAGCAGUGUCUGAGUUGGCAGCUUCCUAGCUACAUUUGUCAAACGGCAGAGUGAGAGAUGUCGGGGUUUGACAACUUCAACACAGACUUCUACCAGUCCAGCUACAGUGUAGAUGACCAAAACCAGUCUGGCUAUGGAUACAGUAAUGACAACCCUUACAACAAGCAGUAUAGCCAGUACGACUAUUCCCAGCCAAUGGGCUACCCCUCCCCAGGAAUGAUGCAACCCCAACAGCCAUACACAGGACAGAUCUUCCAGCCCACACAGACCUACACCCCGUCAUCGUCUCAGUCCAUGUACAGUAGCAGCUUUGAUGAUGAGCCGCCGCUACUGGAAGAAUUAGGCAUCAACUUUGACCAUAUCUGGCAGAAAACAUUGACAGUCCUGCAUCCUCUGAAGGCGGCAGACGGCAGCAUCAUGAAUGAGACGGACCUAGCUGGCCCGAUGGUCUUCUGUUUGGCCUUUGGCGCAACACUCCUCUUGUCUGGUAAGAUCCAGUUUGGCUACGUGUACGGCAUUAGCGCCAUUGGCUGCCUGGGCAUGUACUGCCUGCUCAACCUCAUGAGCAUGACAGGCGUGUCCUUUGGCUGCGUGGCCAGCGUGCUGGGGUACUGCCUCCUUCCCAUGAUCCUCCUGUCCAGCUUCGGAGUCAUCCUCUCGUUACAGGGCAUGAUGGGAAUCAUCCUGACGGCGGCCAUCAUCGGCUGGUGCAGUCUAUCGGCAUCAAAGAUCUUCAUCUCCGCGUUAGCCAUGGACGGGCAGCAGCUCUUGGUGGCGUACCCAUGCGCCCUCCUCUACGGCGUCUUCGCUCUCAUCUCUGUCUUCUAGAGAAAGUGUUUCAUGCAGGUUUGAAAUAACUGUUCCCCACUUUUUCUGUGAUUGCAGUGUAAUUAGGCGUCUGUGCCAUUGUUACCUAAUUACAUCAAUUACAGUCACAGGAGUUUAUAAUGGAACCAAGAUUUCCUUUUGUUCGAUUUGAUUUUACCAUCCGCUAAUUGUCGCCACAUUCCACUGGGAUGAUCUGCAGCUUUUCUUUUCUUUUUUUUUGCUCAUUUUUGUCUUCCUAUAUGGAGCCAGAAGUGCACGUUGCAGAAAGAUGCAAAAAUGAAAUGAGGGCUCCAACAGGGACCUGCCUCAAUUGAAACAGCACAAGCUUAACAUUUGAGCCAGUAGGAGACGCUGUGGACUGCAGGUGCGAGAAUCUGUGGAAACUUGGAACCUGGAAGACAAUCUGGACAUCUGAGGCACUUCUCGAGAUUUACUUCAGUUGGGAUACCUUCCGCAAAGACGAAAAUAUCCAGUUUGUGCAAAAGCUUUUCUUUCAAGAGGCAUCUAACUUCAUUUUGCACAAUUGAAUUCCUCUAACAUGCCUCUCAAAAGAUCUUCUAUUUGUUCAUCAAUGUUUAUUUUAGCAUCCACAACACUUUUGCAUACUUGGACAUGUCCCGUGUUGUUCAUGUCAACGUGUUUUUUUAAGGUGUACACUCAUGCACACGUGGUGUAAUGUUAAUAAAUAGAGACUGAGAAAAGCGACAUAGCUUCUUCAUGUGUGUGGCGCAUAAACCAUAUUGGACCCAAACCUUCUCAAAUAUAUGCAUUUACAUUUUUUUCACCUAUUGUUAAAAAAAUACUGAUAAUCACUUUGCUAUACUGCCAAAAAAUGGACUAAUGUUUUACUAUUGUUGAUAGUGAGUCAUCACUUUUUGUCGUCACUUUCCCUCUUUUGCGGCACCUGCUGAUGAUAAACAGAAUAAAGGGACUAACUACAGCAAAUAUGAAUACAUUUAGGGCCUCGAUCUACGUGGAAGCUAUCAAUACAUAAGACUUUAUGUAUUAUAAGACACUUUGUUUAACAGCCGUUUCCAUGCAAACUGAAAUUUGUACUGUAUUGUUUAAAGCGGACACAUUGAA